AUGUCCUCGACAGAUAACCGCGAUAUCCUGCUCGACGCCGGAAUACCCAACGUCGAAGCCAUGUCGCUCGACAACUACACAUUCCCCAAGGAGCGAUUGAAGAAGACUCUCUCAAAUCCCAACAAGCAACCCCUCGUACUCGUAUCAUGCGGUUCCUUUUCACCACCAACCAACCUACACCUGCGCAUGUUUGAAGAGGCAGCCGACUACUGCGAGUUUGAAACCGAAUAUGAGGUCGUAGGCGGAUUCUUCAGCCCCGUCGGCGACGCAUAUAAGAAAGCCGGGCUGGCUUCCGCACAACACCGAAUCAAUAUGACGAGGAUCGCUGUACAGGACAGCUCGAAAUGGAUUGGUGUUGACCCAUGGGAGCCGCUACACAAGGAGUAUCUCCCAACCGUCAAGGUGCUUGACCACUUCGACCAUGAACUCAACGAGGUUAUGGGAGGCAUUGCGACCGAGGACGGCCAGAAGAAGACCAUCCAUGUGGCGCUGCUCGCAGGCGCCGACCUCAUCCAGACCAUGAGCACACCCGGCCUGUGGGCUCGCGAGGAUUUGAGCAGGAUCCUGGGACACUAUGGCGCCUUCAUUCUCGAGCGCAGUGGUACCGAUAUUGACGACGCGCUCGUACAACUCCAGCAGUGGAGGGAGAACAUCCGCGUGAUUCCGCAACUCAUUCAGAACGACGUUUCCUCCACCAAGAUCCGUCUCUUCCGUAAGAGGGGUAAGAGCAUCCGCUACUACAUCCCGGACAAGGUCGUCGACUACAUCUACGAACACGGUCUCUACAGCGACGACGAGAAGAAGGCAGCAGACAAGGGCAAAGAGACAGCAUCUGCCGACGCUCCUGGAUCUUCGCAGAGCGUUUCCGCUUCUUGA